AUGUCUGCUUGUAACAGCGCAGAAAUGGACUAGCGAUGGCGAUGUGAAGGUGUAGUCUAACAAAUAAUUUCACCAAAUCUUAAAAUACACAGUUUAUGUUCGUUUGAUCCUCUGUGUGUGAUCUAUCCCGUGUUUGUCAAGUGUUAAGUUCUGAUAUAGCUACUUUUUUGUCAUCGUUCUUUUUGGAGAAGAAACGUCCCAACUCCCCAGCUCUUCCCAUCUGCAUAAUCCUCCAUCCAGACGUUGACGUCAUUCAUGUGAAAUUUUCAUCGGAGCAACAUCUCCCUCGCAAUUCAUUACAUUUUUAUUAUUUUAGAAAUUGAGAAAAAGUAAUAUUCAGUUUUCAAAAAUGCUCUCCUCAAAAAUGCUACGAAUACCUGGAUUAUUCCUAAUACUCUUGGCGGUGAUUGGCAUUGAUCAAGUUGUUGCCGAAGGUCACUGCAUAAUGCAUGGUUUUUGCGGUGAAAAUGAUUUUGGUGACGCAACUUGUUCAUAUAAUGGCACUGCAAAACGCUUAGAAGAUGAAGAAGCAUUAGAAACUUUACGAGAUAUUUGUCCUGACAUAAUUCGAGAAACAAAUGUGUUAUGUUGCAGUCCUGAGCAAAUAAGUCAAUUACAGAAAAAUCUUGAGAUUGCAGCAACAUUAGGGCUUGCUAGGUGCCCAUCUUGCUUAUCAAAUUUUAGAAAGAAUUUCUGCCAAUUUGCCUGUUCGCCCAGACAGAGUGAAUUUUUAAAAAUAGAGAAACUCGGUGAAAGUGAUGAAGGCGAUAUCAUUAUUGAAAAACUGACUUAUUUUAUGUCUCGAAGUUAUGCAGAUGGAUUGUUUGCUUCUUGUAAAGACAUUCAAGGUUUGACUCCAGGUUCAACUGUUUUGGACCUCAUGUGUGGAGGAUGGGGUCGUGAAUGCAACCCUGAACGGUGGCUAAAUUUUAUGGGCUCUACACCUGCUGAUGAUGGCUUUUCCCCCUUUGAGAUAAAAUAUCAUCUAACUACCGAUCCCGAAUUGAUUAUAGAUGGAGAGAAGUUUCAUCCCAUGAAUGAAAAUACUACAUCUUGUUCUGAGCGUCCUAAUCCUGAAUCUGAAGCAUGUACUUGUCUUGAUUGUGAAGCUGCUUGCCAAUUAAACAUAGCAUCACCUCCACCUUUACCAGCUGAAAAAGAAGAAUUUACUCUUUUACACCAUGAUGGCGUGUCAGUUUUAUGCCUCAUUAUAUUUUGCUUUGUCACAGCCUUUUUACUUUUGGGAUUCUUUUACUUCAAGAUUCAGUCAAGAAAAUCAUUACGCUCAGGUGAACAAGAAGUUAAGAUGGAGAGAAAAGGAUCAUCUCAUCGACCUUUGAUUCUAUUGAAAUCAUGUUCACCGUCUGCCUCAGGGGUGGACUUGGGCUCUUUAGAGGAAGUGGAGCCCCUUCGUUCAAAGCGGUCAAUUAUUCCUAGUCAAGUGGUAGAAAAAUCGCAGGAUCUCACCGAUUCAAAAAAAGAGAAUGGGGAAACAACUCAUCAAAUACCAGAUACUGAAAUAAUAUCAAAUAUAUCUUACCUGCAGAAACUGGGUGCUGCAAUUGAAAGAUAUUUAGAGGAAAAUUUUUGUCAGUGGGGUACUUAUGUUGCGGAACAUCCACUACCAAUUAUGACACUUUCUUUGAUUGCUAGUUUUGCUCUGGCAUCUGGCUUAUUGUUUCGUUUUACUGUUACAACUGAUCCAGUUGAUUUGUGGGUAUCCAGAAGCAGUCAGGCUCGUCAAGAUAUGGAGUAUUUCAACAAACAUUUUGAGCCUUUUUAUAGAGUUGAACAAAUGAUAAUCACUCCGAAGAACAAAAGUUCAUUUGUUCAAAGUAUAAAAGAGAAAAACCAGCUUAAGACAUAUACUUGGGGCCCAGUUUUUCAUAGAGAUUUUCUAUUGGAGGUAUUGGAUUUGCAACUAGCAGCUGAACGCCUCGUGGCCAAAAAUAAGAAUAAAACAGUGACUCUAUCUGAUAUUUGUGUUGCACCUUUAGCGCCACUGAACAAGAACUGUGCUAUUCAAAGUAUAUUUGGUUUCUAUCAGAAUCAAAGGAGUUUGUUGGAAGACAAAAAUUUUGAUUAUCUAGGUCACUUUAAAGAUUGUGCUGGAACUAUGGGUGAGAUGAAGUGCUAUGCUCCUUAUGGUGGUCCUCUUCAAUCAACCGAAGUAGCUUUAGGUGGUUUCCAUAAUUCUGAGUACCAUUCAGCCACUGCAUUAAUUAUUACUAUACCUGUUGUUAACCAUUAUGAGCAAGCACUGAAUGAAGAUGCAUUAUUAUGGGAGAGAGUUUUUAUAGAUUUCCUUAAGAACUAUCGAUCUGAAAAUCUGACCGUUGCUUUCAAAGCUGAGAGAUCAGUUGAAGAUGAAUUAGAGAGAGGAAGUCAUUCUGAUAUCCUCACUGUUGCCAUAAGUUAUAUUAUAAUGUUUGUAUACAUUGCUGUGGCCUUAGGUGAAGUUAAUACAUGCAAAAGUAUGCUAGUCGAUUCCAAAAUCUCACUAGGCUUUGCUGGUGUUUUUAUUGUGAUUGUUUCAGUGCUGUCAUCUUUGGGAAUAUUUUGCUUUGCUGGUGUGCCUGCAACCUUAAUCAUAAUUGAAGUCAUCCCCUUCUUAGUUCUUGCUGUUGGAGUUGAUAAUAUUUUUAUUCUUGUACAAGCCUAUCAGCGAGAUGAAAGAUUACCAGAUGAAACAGUCAGUAAACAAAUAGGACGUGUUGUUGGACAAGUAGCCCCAAGUAUGAUGUUAUCUAGUCUUUCGAUGUCCAGCUGCUUUUUUAUUGGUGCUCUAACGGAUAUGCCUGCUGUUAAAUUGUUUGCCUUGUAUGCUGGAGUUGCUCUGCUGAUCAAUUUCUUCCUACAAAUGACCUGCUUUUUGUGUCUAUUUACUCUUGAUGUUAAAAGACAAGAAAAUCAUAGAUUGGAUUUGUUUUGCUGCAUCAGAACUUCGAAGCAAGAAAAAAUAAACACAAAGGGGGUUUUAUAUAAAUUUUUCAAGAAUGUGUAUGCUCCUUUGUUACUCAACAACUUCUCAAGAGUUCUUGUGUUAAUUGCCUUCUUAGGUUGGUUGUGUUCCUCAGUCGCUGUUCUUAACAAAAUAGAUAUUGGACUAGAUCAAGAAUUGGCUAUGCCUGAAGAUUCCUAUAUGUUGAAUUAUUUCCAAUAUCUCAGUAAAUAUCUUUCGGUUGGUCCGCCUGUUUAUUUUGUCGUAACUGAUGGUUACAACUAUUCAGAUCAAAAUUCUCAAAACCGUAUUUGUGCUAGUCAUGGCUGUGAUGAAGAUUCAAUGAUGGUACAACUCAAAUGGAUGGCUGAUAGAAGCAACAGAACAUACAUUGCUCUGCGUCCAGUUAGUUGGUUGGACACGUAUUUUGAGUAUAUGCACAGUCCAAGUUGUUGUUUUCAUAUGAAUAAUACUCAUUGUCCAGCAGAAUCAAGAAGAAAAGAAUGCCAGUCUUGUAGUUUGCCUCGUUCCCAGCGUCCAUUAGGAGAUGUUUUUAACAAGAAUUUAAGAAACUUUCUUCAAGAAAUUCCUAGUCAGACAUGUUCUAAAGGUGGACGGGCUCAAUUUGGUAGUGCAGUAGAGCUUAAAUAUUCAGAUAAGGGUGCCUCUGUUGGAGCUACGAAUUUCAUGACAUACCACACCAUCUUAAAAACGAGUAAGGAUUUCUAUGAAGCUCUGCGAUGGUCAAGAAAAAUUUCAGGAUGGCUUACAGAAAAAAUUCAAACUAAUUCAAGUAGUAAUGUCAGAGUAUUUCCGUACAGCAUUGUUCAUCCUUUCUUUGAACAAUAUUUGACGAUGUGGCCAGAUACUUUCAACAGCCUAUCAUAUUCAAUUUUAGCCAUCUUUAUUGUGACAUUUCUUUUUCUUGGCCUGGAUUUCUAUUCAGCAUUCAUCGUUGUAAUAACAAUAGUAAUGAUUAUUGUUAAUCUUAUGGGACUGAUGUAUUGGUGGAAUAUAUCCUUGAAUGCCGUCUCUUUAGUUAAUUUAGUAGUGGGUGUUGGAAUAUCUGUUGAGUUUUGCUCGCAUUUAACACAUUCUUUUGCAAUUAGUCCUGAACCAACCAGGGUAAAACGAGCUCAGUCUGCUUUGCAGAAAAUGGGAAGUUCUAUUUUAUCCGGUAUUACUCUGACAGACUGUGGUAUCCUUGUAUUAGCAUUUGCCAAAUCGCAAAUUUUUCAAAUAUUUUACUUUAGAAUGUAUGUUGGAAUUAUAGCUUUUGGGACUCUUCAUAGUUUGAUCUUCUUGCCAGUUUUGUUAAGUUUAAUAGGUCCACCUGUUAAUAAACAAAAAAUGUAUGACCACAUACAUCUUCAGGACAUUGCAUCCCAAUCCAGGAUUUCUCAAGCAAAUGAUGCUUCUAUGUAAAUUUGAAUCUCCUACCUGUGAUUACUAGGCUGCUAAGUGAAGAAAAUACUCAUUCAAGUCAUUUGUAAUGUAAUUAUUAUGAUUCAUUUGUAACUGCUCAUCACUGUUGUAUUGACAUUCCUCAAGAUAUAUUGUUCCAUUUGAUUUUAGCAUACUCACGUGCUAAAGAAGUUGACUUUCAAAAAGUUUUAGAGACUUAAAAUGAAUUUGAAAUGCUAAGCUGUUUAAUGAUGAAAUACUUGAAGCAUAUCAUGCCUUUAAUUUGAUGUAUUUAUCUUUUUACACACAUUAUUUUUAUAUUGUAUUUUGAAAGUUUAAUUAUUUGCUGUUUUCAUUGCAUUUUAUGUAAAUAUUUAAUUCACACUUAUUCUCUAGACCAAAAAGUUUAUAUGUAGACACAUUUUGUUAAAUGAACAUUUUAUUUUUCUGUAAUAAUCAUUUGAAGUACUUAAACAUUUCCUGUCUCAUUUAUUUAUUUGUUUUCUAUUGUUUAUAUUUUCUCUGUAAUGAUCUUUUUAUUAUUAUUAUUGAUGCUUUGGUAUGAGUACAUGUAUUUUGCUGAAUGUGAAAAUGUGAUGAUUUCAUCACCUGGUAUUGUUUAAUUGAAUAGACUGAGCUAACGCUAAAGCCUAAUACUCAUAUUUGAAUAAUUUAUAUUUGUGAUUGAAAGUAUGUGUUUUUAAGAUAAAAGUUUAAAGGCAUGUUGAAGCCUUGUUUUGUAAGGAUUUUUUUGUUGUAUUUAUUUAGUUUUUUUUAAAAAUAGGAAUGCGAACUUUUUAAAUAUAUUAAUUUUUUUACAAAGAAAUCUGGUUUGUCAUGCAUUUUGGAAAGGAAUUAUGACAUUUUUCUAAUGACAGAAUUUUUCCGAAUAGAUUAGGUAUCUAAGGCUUGUACGAGUGGAGGAAUAGUAUAAUUAUUCAAUAGCAGCAUGUUAGUCUAAAAUUACAUAUUAAAAAUGAGACUUGCUAUGUAUGUUAAACCAAUUUAUGUUUAUUUAUGAAUUUAGUGAGAAGUAGCAUCAUGCAUUCAUUUUUUAAAUAGUUGCCAAGUAUUUUUUGAAAUAAAUGUACAUAUAUUUUAAAUUAAGUUUUCGGAAAAAGAAUAAAAAGAACUUAAUGUGCUUUUAGAAAUUUGUAAAUAUUUAAAUCUCGUAUCGAAGAUAUUGUGUAACUGAUAAGACUCAUUGUAAUUCACUUUAACAUGUAAUUGUUUACUGGUCUCUUAUUUAUUU